AUGGCUCCUCGAAUAGAGUUCAAUACUGAACAGAUCCGCGGCAAAGCUCGAAGGGACUUACUCUACCUUCUUGAAGGCGUUCGCGGCAAGAAAAAUCUCGUCUUUGAUCGCAGCUUAGUAGGUCCUAUCGGGCUUAUUGUCAAGGUUGCCACGCUCCAGGAAUAUGGAGUCGACAAGUUCUUUGUGCUGGAAAACAACAACGUCGACGCCAGCCAGCACAAUGUCGUUUUCAUCGCCCGAGGCGAAUGCGCUCGGCAAGCUGAUGCGAUCGCGAAGCAGAUAAAACGAGUACAACGUGAAAGCCAAACGACUCAUGAAUUUCACGUCUGCUGGGUCCCACGUCGCACCUUGGUUUCCGAUCAGAUAUUCGAAGAAGCCGGCGUUCUUGGCGAUAUCAAUGUUUCUGAGGUUCCACUCUCAUUCUUUCCUUUGGAGAAAGAUGUACUAUCCCUGGAACUCGACGAUGCCUUUCGAGACCUCUACCUCUACAAAGACAUCACACCCAAUUACUUAUUAGCCAAAGCGCUUAUGGACAUUCAGCAGAUUCAUGGCUUGUUUCCGAGAAUCAUUGGCAAGGGCGAUAAUGCAAGAAAGGUGGCCGAUCUUUUGAUUCGUAUGCGUCAAGAAGCAUUGGCGGCCCAAUCUGGUGACGGUACAAACCGCGCCAAGCUAACACCCAGCAUGACCAACGAGAGCGUCAUCAUUAUCGACCGUGAGGUCGACUUUGUCACACCGCUUCUGACUCAGUUGACGUACGAAGGCUUGAUCGACGAGCUGUUCGAGAUCCAACAUAACCAGACCAAAGCGGACACCACGAUCGUGGGACCAGGGGCUCAGUCAUCGAAUACAUCGCAGAACCGAAAGCGUAACAUUGUGCUGGAUGGCAGCGAUAAGCUGUAUGGGGAGCUUCGUGAUUCCAAUUUUGCGGUUGUCGGCAAUCAGCUCAAUAAAGUCGCUCGUCGGCUGCAGCAGGUGCAAAGUGAUUACGAAGCCAAGCACAAGACCAAGACACUUGCCGAGCUCAAAGACUUUGUUAGUCAAUUGCCUGGAUACCAGCAAGAACAUCAAAGCGUUCGCCUUCAUACGGGUCUUGCGGAAGAAAUUAUAAAGCAUACAAAGAGCGACCAAUUCAUCGGCCUGCUAGAGGUGCAGCAGAACCUUGCUGCUGGAGCAGAUCCAUCUUCUCAGCUCGACGGCAUUGAAGAGCUUAUAGCAAGAGAAGCACCCAUUCGCGAAACCUUACGGCUGCUUUGUCUAUACUCUUGCAUAUCCGGCGGCAUCAAGCCAAAAGACUUUGAUCAGUUCAAACGCCUCAUCUUGCAAGGUUACGGCUACCAGCACAUGCUCACUCUUAACAACCUAGAAAAGCUGCUGCUUUUUCUUUCUCGCUCGUCUCCUCUGGCGGGAAUGAUACCCAUGGCAGCGAGCGCUGGUACUACCGGCACGAAAACCAAUUACACAUACCUUCGAAAGCAGCUCCGCCUCAUCGUUGACGAGGUCAAGGAGGACGACCCAAAAGACAUCGCAUACGUGUACAGUGGUUAUGCUCCACUAUCUAUCCGACUUGUCCAGUGUAUCCUACAAAAACCCUAUCUACAAUCCAUCACCAAGGGAAAUAGUGCGGCCAAUGCUGGCAGCGCCGUGCCAGCCAGCGGAUCCCAAGGCUGGCACGGAUUCGACGAGGCUGUUAAGCAUGUUCGUGGUGAAACCUUCUACGAAACUCAGAAAGGGGAGGAUAAAGCUGUGAAGGCGCGUGCUCUUCUCUCUGGCACUGGCAAUAAACAGACGGUGUUUGUGGUUUUCGUCGGAGGCAUAACUUUUACCGAAAUCUCUGCUCUGCGAUUCAUCGCGAAGCAGGAAGAGGAACGACGGAAAAUAGUCAUCUGUGCUACUUCCAUAAUCAGCGGCAACAGGAUGAUGGAUGCCGCCAUUGAGAAGGCAUCAUACGUCAAGGAGGAAGACGAGUGUACUUCCUCGUCAUGA